AUGCAGGCCGACGACUUUGUGCUUUUUGACGAUGCGCCCGAGGGCGAGUCGUAUCCCCAGCAGGCCGGCACUUCUGGUGCCGUGGCGCCCGGAUUCACAAAGUCUUCUUUCUUGCAGCACCGUGGACAAUUUAACGAUACGUCUCCGCUCCUCGAAGAAGCGCCGUAUGGGCACCUCGGCCAGCUCGGCCAGGCGGACCCGACGCUGAUGCAGCGUGCGCUGCAAGGCGGGGGAUACGUCCAGCAGCCGCUCCAAGAGUCGCCCCAUACACACGCUGGGACAUCGCCGACGACGCCGCCUCCUCAGCCGUCGAGCGGCACGCUCGGCGCGCCGCUCACCAUGCUGUCUCUCCAAGGCGCCAACAACGACAACAACAAGGCGCUCUUUCCUGGCACACAGCCCGAUCCGACCAACGAACUGCAACGGGAUACACGUCAAAAGCCGCAGGGGACCGAGACGCCCCGGUGGCAGCAGACCAAGAACGAAAACGGCACGCCCUUUUUGUGGAAUCCGUCCACGGAGCAAGGAAAUGCGGAUCUCACCAACUGGAAACAGUUCUGGAGCAACAACCAGGGCCAGGGCAUGGUGCCUCCAAUGGCCGCAAAUGCUGACGUGCUCCGCGCCGCAAACGAGGCGAGCGGGCGACAGGCACAGAGCGGGGACCGCACCGUCUCCCCGCGCGACCUCUACCUCGAUCAGGAAGAAACCGCGACACCGAGUGCGCGCACAGAUCCGGGGCGAGGCCUUGCGCAGACGCCCUACCCCUCGCUCUUUCCCGAACGUGCCGAAGAGGAGCCGGCGUCUGUGCCGACGCCCUUUGGCCUGUCGAGCGCCAUGGAGACGGGAUCGAGCACGGAGGAGGAGGACGACGAGGACGAAAAGCCGUUUCCGUCGGCAACCUAUGCCGGCUCUGUGCUGGGCGCCAUGGCGCCGAACGAGCAGCUGCUCGAGCAGUGGAGCCGCUCGAUGUAUGCUCCGGUGAACCCGGCCGCGCCGAACGGGCGGCAGCCCGAGUCGAUGCAUACGCGGCAGUGGCCCGUGACUGGCCCCUCGUUCUCGGCCAUGUCCACGUCGAGUGAGUCGGACGAGGAGCCGACGGUGCCACCGUAUACACGCGGCAGCCACGCGGGCAACGCGACCAACUUCCAGGCCUCGGUGCCGGGCGCGUUGGGCGGCUAUGGCUACAUCCCCAGCAGCCAAGAGAGCGGUAUGAGCAUGCAGAGCCCCGACUCGGAGUCGAUGCCUGGCUCGCACAUGUCGGUGAGCAUGACCGAGAGUGAUACACCCGGGAACUCGGGACGCAACCGCAGUCCUUCGAUAUUGAACCAUGCGCAGGCCAUUGUGCCCGCGUCCGAGCGCCAUGCGCCGAGCCCCAGCGAGGACGAGGAGCCGGCGCCGGCACCUCGUCGCGCGCGCUCCCCAGAUACCAGUCGUCCGCGCCAGCUUCGGUCCUCGAGUAAUUCACGGCGCCAGGAGACCGAUGCAACACGCAACGCACGCGAAGCGUCCCUGUCCGGCGCAGCACCACCCUCGUCCGAGUCGAGCGACCCGGAGAACGACGAGUCGGACUAUGAGCAGUCGCAGCACCUCUCGCACCCCACGCCGCGCGCCUCUGCACGCCGUGGGCGGCAGACACGCGCCGCGUCGGGCCACCGCGCCACGGGCUCGACCGGCAACGCGCAGCCGCCGCCGUCCGGCGCCUACUCGGGCGUGCUCGCCGGCGCCGCGCGCAACGCGCAGGCGACAACCUCUCCGAAUUCGUCCGCAAUCCGCUGCGACUAUGUAUCCCCUGUCACAGGACAGACGUGCGGGACCAUCUUUCAUCGCAUGUACGAUCUGGCACGACACCGCAUUACGCUGCAUCUGCGCGAAGAGGCGCAGCUCGUCAAGGACGGCAUGCUCAACGUCGACCAGUGUGUCGUCCUUGGCAAGGAGGUGGAUGUACAAAAGGCACUUGCCGAACUCGAAUGGACGUGCCGCGUGUGCGGCGCCACCUUCUCAAGAAAAGACGCCAUGCUUCGCCACGAACGCCUCCGGCACCACCGAUAG